AUGAAAUUGAGCUGCUGUGGAAUGAACUCACGCGGGAUUCUUUGCAACAACGUCAUACUCGAGAUCCCUUUUGCUAAUCUAAAUCUUCGCUUUUCUCUAGGCCUAGGGAUCUUCGAGAAACUUGAAUACGACCGAGAAACGCCCAGUCGUUUUGACCCCAUGGGAGGCACACCUAAUAGUACGGAGUACUUAGUGUGCUACCAGUUCCGACCGGGCAGUCUCCGGAGAAAAUUACUCGGGUCCCAGUCAACCCCGGUCCUGCUGAGCCGUCCGACUUGGCAAUUGGGUGUGAGCCCGUAA